AUGAUGGCAACUCCGUCUGGGGCUUACUUGCCCACCCGACCAUCACCCAUUCUUGAGCCAAUCCCCCACUACCCCAGCAAUGUCGUCCCAGAAGAGCGGGUCACAUUACGCAUGGCCAUCAUCUUAUCCAAUGGGGUUCGCGUAGACCAUCAAUUCACAUUCCCCGCCAUGAACAUCGCCAACUGCAUCAUCCACGGCGAAGGGGAAAUGUACUCGGUAGAAAUAACCCACCGAUGCACCUGCCGACGUCUAUUGCAUGAGGAGCUCGUCCGGAUGCUCCCCGGGUUCCUACGCGAAAAUGACGUGUAUUGGUUCCGCACCAGGAACCCAGAGACAAACAUCCAGCAUACAUGCUUAUUCGACGGCGCGGAACUCGAAAUGCAGCUCGUGACCUCGCACGUCCCCGAAUGUGGCAUUUGCUUUGCGCGACGAGCGUUUAUUGCCGAGCGGGAUGCCUUUGACCGGCAACAGAGCCAGAUGCCUCGGGUAUCGGCAUCGUCGACUUCCCCGCGCGCCCAGAGUCUGAGCUCUGGGUGGACGUUCCGUGAACCGUCGGAUACGGAGCGACUACGGGUGAAUCGUCAUGGUUGGGAGAUUAUGUUUGUUCUUCAUCCUGAUGCGCGUGAGGGGGCGGUAACUAUCUCGAGGUUGAGGAUGGAACUGUGUCGGUUGCUGUCCAUUGCUGACCCGAGACGGAUCAUCUUGACGAGUGGCCCAUUCACCUGGGGAGGCGAUUUCCAGGAAGACAGUAAGGAUUACUACAACUCUGAACUUGGACUCUCCCCAACUGACACCCCACCAGCAAUGUUGACUGUUGCCGAGAACCCUACCCGUCCCCACCGUUGUGUUUACUGCGGCCUCUGCUUCAAGCGAUCAGAACACCUGAAACGCCAUGUGAGGAGGCACACCAAGGAACGGCCUUUCCGUUGUCGAAUAUGUGGGGAGAGCUUUUCCCGAAAGGAAUUGCAUGACCGGCACCAACGCACCCGCCAUGGCGCGACUUCAAGCAUCCCAUUACCAGAAAUUGUAGAAUUAGAGCCAUCUGUAGCUACUCAUCCGGAUACUUACUCGCCAGGGCAGGUUGAUCCAGUUCAAGGUGACCCGUCGAGUCAACCACCAUUCGCCUCCUUCGUCGAGGAGCCGGCGGAACCACCAUUGCACGCUCCUUUAGUGCCAGAGACACAGCGACAUGAAAAUCUUUAUUUGGCGGGGGCUCCAGGUAGUCCUGCAUUCCAGGAAAAUGCGUAUUCUGUGAUCUCGGAUCGGCGUCGAGACUCUCGACUCCAGACGCCUCUAGGAAGUGAGACUCCUCCGUGGCUGAAAUUACCCAGCGGGCUGGAGUUCGCAUCGCUUCUCUCAGCAUUGAAUCGAUCUCCAUUAUCUACGAGUCUUCCGACACCACUACGGCUGUGCACACCGCAGAGUGAGGCGAUCUUUGAACAUGACCGAAAUGAGACGGCCCGCUUGGGGAUCGAAAAAGCGCUUGAGGGUUUGAGGAGUAUCAAUGUCGCAGGGGGCGGGGAAUAUUCCCAUCGCUUCAAGAUCCCUGAGAUGGAUUCUCUCUACCGCUACUGGCACAUGUUCUUCGAGAUACCCCAUAAGAACCUUCCGUUUGCUCAUCCGAAGUCAGAAAACUAUCAAAUACCGGCUAUUGCUAUUGGUGUUCUCGCCGACGGUGCCAUGUACUGUGACGAACCCGAGGUUGGUCAAAUGCUGUUCGAGGCCUCCCGUCGCCUUGUCGCUCACCACUUGAACACGCUUUAUAACCGCGAAAACAAUACUAUACCUAUCUGGAUCUUCACCACGCUCUUGCUGAACUGUGUCUUUGGUCUGCCCGGGGGCAAGUCUAGUGAGAGCGACAUUACCCUUGGCAGCCUUGACAGCUUGAUAAACCUCGCGCGAGUUAUCGAAUCGGGCCCGGCAAUGGAUCUUGUCGAUCAGGCAUCGACAGUGGAGGAGAAAUGGAAGAGUUACAUCGAGGGAGAAUCUCACCGCAGAUCAAUUCUUUGCUUCAUUGUUGUUAGUGGUUUGUGGUCGGUGGCAUACGAGCCGAUCGUCAAUGUCCUGGACUUUCCAUUCAGUCUGAUCGAAUUCCCCUGGUCGGAGACUUUGUGGAAUGCUCGUUCCGCCGUCCAAUGGCAUGCACUAUAUCAGAACCCGCGAAGUCGAUCGCCUGGCAGCUGGUCAGAGAAUGUGGAGGCGCUGCUGUUCGGCAAACCCCAGCCAUUAAACGGUCUAGCCUCUCUUUGUCUUGUAGUCGGGCUCCUACUCUACAUAGAUGGGCUCCGUCGGGAAGCAGUUCUCGACGUCGUCGAGAUAAACUCAUACCUUCAACAUGCUUUAGAUCAAUGGUUUCAGAUCCAUGACCGAACGAGCCUGGAGAAUCUGGCCCUCAAUCAUCUCUGUUAUCCAGCUGCCUAUUAUCUGCGCAUCUCCCUAGUCCUGGACAUUCGGCAGACAAUGGAUCUCAUGCGCAGUAAGCAGUUUGCAGCCAUGCGAAAGGUACUCCGUGAGGGCGAUUUGGUGCAAGCGGCUGCCUUUGCGCGAGCCGCGAUGAUUCCGUGGGUGAUCAGCCGCCGGAAUCAAACGUCCAUGGUCGCAAUCCCAUGCGGGGUGGUUAUCGCCGAGUGGGCUAUUGACGUGAUGGACAACCAGCCCGAGGAUUCGCCUCAACGGGAAGUGCUUCGGGGGUUUGAGAACUCGAUUCGCGAAUAUUGGCCUGUAGCACACUUUGUAACUGCUGUGGAUGUCUGGAGGGCAGUUCGGAGAAUUAUUGCUAAUGGACCAGUUACAACGGCUUUAACAAGGAGUAUGGACGCAUACGAGAUGUCUCUAGCAUUAGCUUAA